AUGGCCCCGUUACCAAACGUCUCUCGGGCUUUCAGGUCAUUGAGAACUCCCACUUCUGCUAUUACGAACCCGACAACUGCAGCAAGGACAAGUCACUUCCCAACUCUCCCGAGAUGGAGUACCAAUACUUCUCAUGCUAUAGCGCCUUACACUAAUCAACCCACUUCACGUCCCAAUGACCGGGGAUACCAACCAAGUCGGCUUACAACAGCGACGAGAACCCCUGGGAACGACUCUUCUACGCCAUGGGCAUGGCCCCAGACAUCACAAACACCCUCACAAAUAAUCACUGCCGCCUCACCAGCGUUCGCUGCCGCCAGAACAGAAGCCGAGCUGGACCCAUAUGAGGUAGACGUCGGUAGCUAUGCCUUUGAUUUCGAUCCUUUGGGGGAAGAAACGAACGAGGUGGAUAGACGGAACGAUUUCCGAAGAUACAAGAUCGAUACUAUCGUUGCCGCUUUCGGUACGGAGAUCGAAGCAGACCAAAUAAGAUCAUGGUCUCAACAGCUGGUGGAUGACGCAUACGACCAGGUGAUCUUGGAAUUGCAGGGUGGGAUACAGAGUGGGAUACAACGUGGGAUACAGAGUGGGAUACAAAGUGAGAUAGAGGAGACAAUUGGGAGAAUGUUGGAUGAUGAGACGGCAUCGUUGGAUCCUUCACUCAUCGAGGAUGCGAUAUUGCAGAUCACUCAAGGUGUCGAUCUCUCCGACUUUAUCUCGUAUGACCCCAUACCGGCUGCUUCUCGGUCGUCUAUAGACGAAGAAACAGUUUUCGAUACUUCAUCAUCCCCAACUAUCCGUCCCAAGGAGACCUCAACGUCAAACAGAACUGUGCGCAAGCCCCAACGCAAGAAGCUCCCGGAGUUCGACCCCGAUUGGGGAUAUGCCGAAGCGGGACCAAGCGUGGCUCGAACUCCCUUCACACACGGCUUCCCCAAUCCCGACCUGACAGAGGCGGAAUUCGCUGAAUGGGUCUCACAGAUGUUCCCUCCACCCGCGCAUACGGACGUCGACAAUUCGCAAUCCGACUUUGGUAAUACUACUCAGCAGCCAACGCACAAGCCAGAUUCCAAUCCAGAAGCAGAUGCAAUUUGCACCGCUUUCAUCUUGGCGAACACCACACUCGAAGCAAAGGCCGUGGAUAAGAUGACACGCGAAGAAUUACUGGCCCUCGCAUUCGAUAGCCAGUUCCCAUCUAGACAUCAACAUCACCGAUUUCUAGAUGAGACAAACCCCGGAGAAGAUCUGAUCGAUCCGACGCCACCGACGACCAAUACACGUACAAUCAACACGAGCACUGCAAGACCUUUCACCGAAACACCGAUCCCGCAGACCUCGACGAACGCGACGUCCAAGUCUCCGAGAGGACCUCGUAGACCCCUCCAGGGACCUAGACAACUUUCCACGAACUGA